AUGGCCGAUUGGAAGACGCCGUUGAACUACAACUGCAACCAACCCUACCACGCUUUUACCUACGGGGUCAUGUACCAACUCGGGCCCCAACAAAACCAUGCCAAUCAGUCCGGCUGGUCGGACCCUGGAGCCGCCGACAUGGGAGGCUACAACCCGGGAGUCACACCGGCCAACUACAACACCGCCGCCCGGGGUAGAGAGGAGAAGACGUCGCUGCCGGCGCUACCGCCGCCGCCGCCGCCACCUGGUGCGGAUAGCAGCGGCCAUUACCCGGGCCCGGGGAUGUUACACCUGGAGGGAGGGCAGCCCUGCGGCAUCUAUCUGCCCCGACAGUACCGGGCUCCAUACGACACGCAGGGGAACGACAUGAAGCAUGCCAGGGGCGACGUUCCGGUCCAUGUCUCAGUGGCGCACACUUCCCCGGAUUCAUGGAGUUCCGCAAGCAGCCGAGAGGGGAGUCUCCCUCAAGUGGACCCUGACAAAAAUGUCUCCAGCACUGUCAUUGAGGGGCCUCAAAACUUCACUACUGGAAUUAAGCGUGAGACCACCACCCCUGUACCGGGGCCAUCGGCUACCCCAAAGACACCUAGCACAGCUGUGAAUGCUGUGAAUACCCCCAAAGCAAAGGCCCGAAUUGCCUUCUCAGAGAUUCAGAUGAAUGCCCUGGUACAGCGUUUCAGUGUGCAGAGGUACCUAACCCCAUCUGAGAUGAAACACCUGGCUGCGAUGACGGGGCUGACCUACAAACAGGUGAAGACGUGGUUUCAAAAUCGCAGAAUGAAGCUUAGGCGGUAUCAGAAGGAUAGCCACAGGGUUGAUUGCUACAGCAUCAAUAAGAACAGCCCGCCUUGUAAUGCUGCCCUCUUCACCAACAUACCCGCCCACAUCCAACUAUAUCAGGGAGAGGCCCGCUCACAGUACCAGGAGCCAUACAACCAGCAAAUGAGAGAUGUGGCAGCCUUCAAGACCUCCUCCCAGAACCUGACCUACUAUCUGGCUGCUAUGGGUGCACCUGGAUCUGCUAGCUACCAGUCCUGGCCCUCCACCCCUGUACCGUCCACUUCGGCCGUUAGGCCUCAGGCAACCAACUGGCCCAUGACCUCAGCCAUCAACCACUACGAAUACAACCCUGCAGCCUAUAGUGCAACCACCGUUACCAUUGUGGAGAGUACCAGUAUGAAUGAAACCAACUUGGCAAGCAAAGAUGAGGACCCGGGACAUGUCCGCAGCUCCCUGCAAAUGGCCAUUGCGCAGAAUCAGAAUGCCUCUCAGUAG